GAAUCAUAUUGCUAGUUUAGAAAAUGCCAAAUUGUUGAAUAAAUUUAAGAAAACAUAAUAUUAAAAUUAAUUAUUCAGACGUAAUGGACCUUUCAAAACUUAAGUCAAAAAUAAAGAAAAACCUUUCAAAAUUCAAAGUCUCAUAAGACUCAUUCUUCAAAACUCUUGUUUUUUUUCUCUCUCUGAUUAUGAAGAAUCUUGGUCGGAAAGGAACUGUUCAUCCGUCGCCGGCGAUCAAACCAGACGACCACUUUCUCUCUCUCCUCCCCUUCGCUGUCCUCUCUCUCGUGGCUGCUCUCUCAACGGAGGACCGUGAAGUUCUUGCAUACCUCAUCUCGAGUUCCAGUGAUCCAAAUCGUAUCUCUCGCCUCAAGAAAAAUAAACCCAAAGAAGAUGAUCAUCACUCUCCUCUUUUCCUCUGCGAUUGCUUCAGCUGCUACACGAGUUACUGGGUUAGGUGGGACUCCUCACCGAACCGCAAGCUCAUUCAUGAGAUCAUCGACGCCUUCGAAGACAGCUUGGAGGUGAGGAAGAAGAAGAAAGACAGGAAAAAGCGAUCGGGAAAAUCAUCCGCUCGAGUUAACUCGGUCGUACAGAGUCGGCUCAGUGAGUUGGGCUCGAGUUCGGGUGAGUUGGGUGGUAGUGACUCGGUGGAGGAAGGAAAUUGUGGUGGUGAAGAAGAGAUCAAGGAGAAAGGAUCUGUUGAAAAGUUUAUCAGUUUUGUUGGUCAGAAAUUUUUGGGUGUUUGGGGAUAAGAAAUUUUCAAACACUUUGCUAGAAGUUAUAUGAACAUUGACCAAAAAAAGUUUAUAUGGACAAAUAAAUAGGCUGGUGACAAAAAAGGACAAAUAAAUAGGCUAUAUUUUAUUUUUGUACCUUAUAUUUCUGGUUCAUGUUUUCCAGAGAUUUUAUUUUGUUACUUUUCUUUGAAUUCCUACUUUUUCUUCUUUUUCC